AUGUCCUCGGAGCCUAUUAUCGAGGAAACAUGUAACUGCGGAGCAGUCUCGGUCGCAAUUCCACAGAGCUCUCUCCCGGAAUCGAGUGUAGCUUGCCACUGUCGUAACUGCAAAUCUUCAUCAGGUUCGCUAUUCUCGUUGAAUAUGAUCAUUUCAACCAAGGACGUGACCAUCAAUGGAAAACCCAUCAGCUACAUGGAAAAAGAGUGUGCGUCAGGCCACCAUAUGAGCCGAUAUUUUUGUCCUACGUGCGGGUCUGCAAUCAUGUCGGUUGUCUCCGAGGACCCCAGUGUGGCGUAUGUGAAGACGGGCUUACUGGCGAAGUCUGGGGUAGCUGCUCCUCCUCCUGGGAUAGAAGUCUGGUGGCGACGAGCGGAGGCGUGGGAAAAGCCAUUUGCAGGUUGUAAUAUUGUUGAAUAA